GAGUGGUUCGCCGAGGCUGUUCAUCAAGGAGAUGGUGAUGAGGGACUUCAAGUCCUACGCCGGCGAGCAGCGCAAUGGCCCUUUUCACAAGAGCUUUUCGGCUGUAAUCGGACCGAACGGGAGCGGGAAGAGCAAUGUGAUAGAUGCUAUGAUGUUCGUGUUCGGGAAGAGAGCAAAGCAGAUGAGGCUCAACAAGGUUUCGGAGCUUAUCCAUAACUCGGCUAAUCACCAGAAUCUUGACAGUGCUGGCGUUUCCAUUCACUUUCAGGAAAUUGUGGACUUGGAUGACGGUGGAUAUGAAGCUCUUCCUGGAAGCGAUUUUGAAAUAAGCCGGGUUGCACUGCGAGACAACUCCUCCAAGUACUACAUUAAUAACUGAUUGAGUAACUUCACUGAGGUCACUAAAU